AUGUCCAUUCACGCCAACGGGACCACACCCACUCAACCCUUCAGCACGAACCCUUUCAAGACAAGGCAAGAUUUCCAAUCUGCUUGCACCGCCCUAUUAAACCCCCUCCUCCCCCUCUUCACCCCACAACAAACUCGCGUCAAAGUCGGCUCAACAGCAACCCGUUUUGACGAAGGCGGCGCCCAGUUCGAAGGCUUCGCCCGUCCACUAUGGGGUCUCGCAUCUCUCCUCGCAGGAAACUAUGACUAUGCCGAUUCAGCACGUUGGCGAACAGGUAUUAUCAAUGGAUGUGACCCUGCCAGCCCAGAAUAUUGGGGCGACUUGGAGAAUUCCGAUCAGCGGAUGGUGGAGAUGUGUCCGCUAGGAUUUGCAUUAGCAGUUGCGCCGCAUGUCUUUUGGGACCCGCUAAGUGAGAAGGAGAAGCUUAAUGUGGGAAAUUGGUUGAGAAGUAUCAAUGGGUUGGAGAUGCCAAAUACGAAUUGGCUCUGGUUCCGGGUUUUCGCAAACCUGGGAUUGAAGAAGAAUGGGGCUGAAUACUCCCACUCACGUAUUGAGGCGGACAUGGAUCAUCUGGAUACGUUCCAUAUUGGUGAUGGCUGGAGUAAUGAUGGACCGAAAAGCCACCACCAGAUGGAUUAUUACUCUGGGUCAUUUGCUAUCCAAUUCUUGCAGCUUCUGUACGCAAAGUUAGCGGGGGACUUUGAUACCGAGCGAGCAGAGAGAUAUCGACAGCGAUCGAAGCAAUAUGCCAUGGACUUCGUGCACUACUUCGCUCCAGAUGGUAGCGCAAUCCCCUUCGGCCGCUCGAUGACCUACCGCUUUGCAAUGGCCGGCUUCUGGGGCGCACUAGCCUACGCAGACGUCGACCUCCCACCACAGCUAAGCUGGGGCAUCGUAAAAGGUCUCCUACUCCGCCAUUUCCGGUGGUGGGCUACCAAACCGGACAUCUUCAACAACGACGGAACCCUCAACUUAGGCUUCUGCUACUCAAAUCCCUACCUUACCGAGAACUAUAACUCCUCUGGCUCGCCCUAUUGGUGCUGUCUCUCAUUCCUGGCGCUCGCACUACCAGAAUCUCACCCCUUCUGGUCCUCUCCGGAAGAGGAGUACCCAAGCUCGGCCUUACCAGAGGUGAAGGCCCUUACGUACCCAAAACAUAUCCUCGUCCGACGUGGUGGACAUUCGUUCCUUCUUUCGUCUGGACAGGCGUGUCACUACGCUAUGCGUGGUACACAGGCAAAAUAUGGGAAAUUCGCCUACAGUGCUUCGUUUGGAUACUCUGUUCCAACGGGCGCAUACGAAUUGGAGCAGUAUGCGCCUGACAGUAUGCUGGCGUUAUGUGAUGAUGCUGCAGGUGAGAUAUGGAAAACGAGAAGGGUGGCGAUUGAUGCGCGGUUCGAGUUCCCUAAGGGUGUGGAUGGAACUCCUGUUCUCGUUUCGGGAUGGAAGCCUUGGAAUGAUGUGGAUGUUGAGAGUAUCCUUGUUCCGCCUUCUGUUGAGGCACCGAACUGGCAUAUUCGGGCGCAUCGGGUGCGGACUGGGCGGGCGCUGAAGACAUCUGAGGGGGCUUUUGCGAUUUAUGGGUGUCGGAGUGAUAAUGGGAGGAUGUUGGUAGAUUUGGAGGAGGGUGGAAAUACAGCUGAUGAGGGCACUUUGCUGACCGGGAGUAGUGCGUUGGUGGUUUCCUCUGUUGGUGCUGUGGGCAUUACUGAACUGCUCAACUUGGACGCUGGACGUGCAGGCCGCAUUGUGCUUGCAGAUCCUAACUCGAACUUGAUUCAUGGCCGCACGUUGCUACCGUCUUUAGCUGUUGAGAUGACUGCUGGUCAGGAGAGUUGGUUUGUGACUGCUGUUUAUGCGUUGCCUACUAAGUCUCAGGACUGGAGGUCAAUGUGGGAACAGAAGCCGAGUAUUCCGGAAUGGCUGGCUAAGCGAAUGGGAAAGGAGUAG